AUGAAUCGCAGUACUCUCAUUGUUCUUGUUUCCGUCUUUAUUGUAAUAACUCUACAGACGACCGAUUUUCAAGACAACCUUAUAAAUGGAUAUAGGACGUUAAUAGCUGACAUCCAAGUUCGAACACAAAAGUCUAGGGAAGACAUGGACACCCUCGUUUCUCAGAUUAAGCUACUGAUGAAGAAUGAAGCUGACAAGGCAAUCAAUUACAUGACAGUAUAUCUCGAGCAAAUAUCUUUGUACUUCCAGGUCAUAAUUCACGAUCGCAAGCCCCGCAAUGGCACGUAUUGCAAGGAAAGCAUUGUUAAGCUUCUAGGCGAGAAUUUGCAGCUUGCCGAUGAAAAUGUUACCUUAUGUCUAGCUUUAGGCUAUCAGCGAGUGCAACGGUUGCCAGAAAAGUUACAAGUACAUUUUGAAACGUUGGAAAAUCUAAAGAAGUAUUCAGCAUCCAAAUUAUUCGAAUGUCAAAAACAGCAGCAAGUUGGGGGGAAUUGCUCUCAUGAAAGUCAAGACCUGGAGAGGACCGUGUUUUUAUAUGAAACUUCACCAUUUCCUGUGGUCAUGGCGGAGAUUGCUAUCCACGGCUUCAAAGAAGUAUCUGACUUAAGUGUCUGUCUGAAGGACAUCAUCUCACGGAUGAUGACGCAUUCAGUGAAAGUCAUCGGUGAUUUCAACAGAUGCAUUCAUAACAUUGAGAUGCCUAAACUAAAGUAUUUGCUUAAGUUUAUGAAAAAAUAUGCC